AUGGAAAAGAUGCGUGAACCUCCAAAUUCCACUUAUACUGAACCUCCAGAAGUAUCUUUAUUACUUGUGAAGAAGGAAAAGAAUCGUGAAUAUAUUGAAAAAUUAAAAGCUGAGAGUGAUAGGCUUAAGCCAAGAUGUGCAGAACCAACUGCUAAGAGUGUAAAACAGGUCAAUGCCACAGGUGAUAUAGAUUUAAAUGUCAAUAACUGUGCUGUGAUCACUACAAAAGAAGAAGAUGCAGAUAAUGCAGGAAGUAAUAAAAAGAAGAAAUUGAAGUGCAGAAAUUAUGUAAAUGCAUUAAAUACAUCUACAGUGAUAAAUACAAAUGCUGUUACUAUCCUACGUGAAUGGAAACUCUACUUGGAUAAAGAAAAGGAGCAAAGAAAAAAACUUACUGAACUGGAAUCUGGAGCUUUUACAGAUGCAGCUUAUAUGGCAUGGAAAACAGAAGAAGAGGCUAAAAUUAAAUUGAAUCAAUUAAAACAAGUGGAGCGUAAUCGUUUGAAUGCAAUGAUAAGUCACGAAGCUUCAUCAAUAGCUAAGCAUAAUCUUUAUUGUAAACGACGUAACAAUGUUAAUCAGUUAAAAAAUGAAAAAAAUCAAAAACUUAUGGAAUUAAUGAAAGCAAAGAAAUUGCAACAAGCUACAAUGAACAAAAUAGCUAAAGAAAUUGCCAGUACACAUGAAAAUGCUAAAAUUGCCAAGAAGAAAGUAAUGAAAGAGAAAAGAAAAUUAGCUGCUGAAAUAGUUAAAGAAAGUAAACUUCUGCUUGAUGAAGCUCAUAAAAAAGCUGAGGAAGAAAAGAAAAUGAAAAAGGAAUUGAUCGCGAAAAUUCAAGCCGAAGAAUCAUCAGCAAUAAUGACAAAAUCAUUAAAUACGAAACAGGUUGAUUUAGCUGAUACUCCCGGAUAUGGUCUGUUAAAUGAAAUGUCCAUUGUUGAAUUGAGAGAACGCCUUGAUCAGUUGAAAUCCAAAAGACAACGUGAAUUAGAAGAGAAAAGAGAUGCUAUACAAAGCCUUAAAGAGCAGAAGACGAAAGUUUUAUGCGAAGCACUCAAUCGAAUUAGUAAGCAUCGUAGUGUGAAAACAGUGGCUGCAGUUGGAGCAACACUGACUAACAGGCAAAAUGCAUCCACUAUUAGCAAUCAUACUUUCACAAAAGAAGAUAUUUAUAAAAGUGAUCCUCUACUUCAACAGAUGAUUGAUCAUUUAACUAAACAGAAAGAAGAAAGAUGGAAACAGUUAAAUAGUGAUCAAUCACUUGCACUGAGAAAAUAUGUAAAUAAAGGAGUUAAAAGGAGGGAAGAGAAAACUUUCAAAACAUUUUGGGAUGAAAUGGAACGUAGUCGAGAAAGGAAGUCAAGAGUCGAAAUGGGUGCUACACAUCAUCCUUCUGAACAUUUGAUAACAAGUUUAACCGCGUGA